AACCAAGAAUUAUAGAAAUGAUGGUUAAAUCCAUCUUAAUCUCAAGUUAUAAAAUCCAAACAAUCAAGUUUGACCACAAUACAAAUAACGAAAUAGAAAAAUUUGUAUUAAAAGAAGAAGAGUUAACUAAAUUAAUUACAAAAGUAAGAAAUGAAGUUGAAGAAAUAGAUGAAUUGAACAAAGAAAUAGAGUAUUUGAAAACGGAAAAUGCAGCAUUGAAAAAAAAAAUUGCUAAUGAUGAUGAGGAAACUGUUGAAGGUGACUUUUAA